AUUGCAUUCCCUAGAAUUUUGAGAGGGGAAACGAAAUCAAGCCUAAGAUGCUCGUCCAAUUCCCAUCCCAACAAGAAAGAAAUCCAAGUGCUUGAUUGGGGCCAACAACAAUAUAUUGAAUUGAAUAGAAGAUGAUGAAGAUGGUGAUGGUGAUGGUGAUGUUCUUGUAUGGCGCAGAAGCAUCGAUAGGCAUCAAUUGGGGAAGAGAGAGUGCCCAAAGAUUGGUCCCAUCACAAGUUGUGGAUAUGUUGUUGCAAAAUGGAAUUGGACGAGCAAGACUGUUUUCCUCUCAAACAGAUAUUGUGGCUCCAUUCGAAGGAAGUGGCAUUAACUUGACCAUAACCAUAAACAAGAUUGCUUUUAUAAAAACCAAGGAAUUGGCAACGGAGUGGGUCCAGGAGAAUGAAUACUAUUUCAAUCGUUGCAACGUAAGGGAAAUCUAUAUUUUCGGGUAUGUGUUUGCGACCAGUUUGGAGGCAAUAAGCCAGGCAGUGGAGGUACAGCGUAUGCUGCAAGGCAUUCUGAAUGAGCGCGGCUUUGGGCACGUGAAGGUGAACACCCCACACAUUCAUCCCGAAUUGGUCCCCAACGUCACAAAGCCAUCUCAGAUCGAGUUUUGCGACACCAUCAAGCCAUACAUGAUCCAGCAUCUGCAAUUCCUCAGGGAAAACAAUGCUCCAUUUCUAAUCGAGGCCAUCCCAAUCCAAAUCAACUUUAUAAAUAACUUCGACCCCAGCUUCGCCUUCCCGGGCAACGCUUCCACCCAAGUCAUCAAUGACGUCAAUGGCGCUAUCUACACUAACGUCGUGGAGUGGCACUACGACUCCUACGUGUGGGCCCUUGAAAAGCUCAAUUUCUCAGACAUCCGCCUAGACUACAGCCUGCUAGGCUGGCCCACCGACGGGUACACUGGAGCCAACGCCUCCACCGCAGAGUACUUUUACAAGCACCUCCUGCCUUGGGCGACUAGCGACAGGGGCACCCCAAAGCGGCCCGGCCGCCCCAUCAACGUUAAUGUGCACAGCCUCGCCGACGAGCACAAAAUUAAGUCCUUCCCUUACACGCGCCACUUUGGCAUCUACCGCUCCAACGGCCAGCCCAAGUAUAAGAUCGAUCUCUCAGGGCAGGGGAGGGACAUCUACCCCACCACCAUCCGAGGGAUUAUGCGCAUGCCGGACCGGUGGUGUGCCUUCAAUGGGGACCGUCGUGACAUGGACAAGGUCAAGGCCCAGCUCGACUGGGCCUGCAAGAAAAGCGACUGCACCAGCACCUUCGAAGGUGCCUCAUGCAGCUCCCUAACAUUAGAACAAAACAUUACCUAUGCCUUCAACAUGUAUUUCCAGUACCAGUUCCAGGACGAGAAGUCCUGCGAUUUCGAUGGCUUGGGCCAUGUCGUCGUCAAUGAUCCCUCAACAGACGCCUGCGUCUUCCCCGUUGAGGUCGUCAAAGGCCAACAGGUCAACUUUCAGGCCAACAACUCUGGACACGCCUUCCGCCCUUCCACUGCCUUCUUCUACCUUUCAAUCCUCCUCUUUUUUUCCUAUCAAACUCUAUAUUUUUGAUUUAUCUACCUAGUACAUUUUUUGUAAGGGUAGAUAAACUAAGUAGUUAGAUCAUAGUUUUGCUCUUUUAUUUUAUUUGUAAACAUAGCGAGGUCGCAGCUAUAAAUAAAAUAAAAGAAAUUAAAUAUUGUUCUUUUGUUCCCUUA